UAUCCGUACUGUUGGUCACUGUUGCAUAUUCAAUUUCUUCUGGCGAGCACAAAGGUAGACACUGAAGUAAGGUAUUGCCGUCGCCUCACUUUGCUUUGCAAUUUAAUCACCAGAGUCAGGUACUGCAAACAAAUCAACGAAGUGGACUAAUAAUGGCAAACUUAGAGAUUGUCCGAUUAUUGGUCCUGUUAGCAGUAUCUCUAGUACCAACAAUAUAUGCCUGCGGUGGCUGGAUCAACCAAUGGGACGGUCCUCUAGAAUUUGAGUGCCGAAGUGUGCAUCAAUUUGUCUCGCGUGUUCAAAGUAUUCAUAACAACCACAGAGAAGACAGACGGUAUAAAAUGAGCUGCCGAAACAUUCCAAGUUAUGUUCGACAUUGCCACUCAACAAGUUGUCGUUGGACAGGAUAUCUCAACAACUAUGACGACCUGCUGAUGUAUAACUGUGGGAGAAAUGGCUACAUAAAUGGCUUUCGUAGUGUACAUAACAACCAUUACGAAGACAGAAGAUGGAGAGUAAGAUGUUGUACUGUACGAGGUCUCUACCUUCAUGACUGCACCCAUACAGGAUGGACGAACUCCUGGGAUAGGCCCCAAUACUAUAAUACACCAUAUGGUCAGAUAACGAGUGGUGUUUUGUCGUGGCACAAAAACCGCUAUGAAGACAGACGCUGGAAGUACCGCAUAUGCAAGGUUCGAAAGGCUCACUGUACAGGUGAGCCUAUCGAAGAAGAUUUUGUUGACAUCCCUGCCAUCGCGGACAGAAGUAAUACUGCUCCUCCUGCCGUCGAAGAGAUGAGCGUGGACACAAGCUAUACUGAUGUCCCUGCUGUCGAAGAGUCAAGUGGGGACGGAAGUUCUGCUGAUACCCCGGAUAUUUCUAUUUCGGAGUAGUUCAUCUCGAGCUUUUCUCAAAGCAAGCCUAGUUUAUUUAACCGCAACUUCAUAUACAUUGAAUAGGUUUCUUAAUUUUCUUAGCCUUCGUACUACCUAUGGGAUAUAAACAAUGUUUGUUCGUGAAAUCCGGCACAAUAAACCCAUUGUAUUGUCUUCUUCCGGUACGUGUUAUGCAUGUCUGGACCACAAGAGACUUCGGUUUUAUUAUUUUUGACCAAUCGCAAUUUCUAUUUUAUCACGCAAUUUUCCUAUUUCACCAAAAGCAACUGUGCAUAUUUUAUAGAACAAAUUUUGUCUUCUUUCCCUUGCAGAUAUAAAGACAUUUUAUAUGAUGGCAAUGAAUGCCAAUGAGUAUUACCAAAAGAUAAUCUCAGAAAAUGCAACGUGCAGUCGAUGAUGAUUUCCCAUUAUUUCAGUUUAAACAGUAUUUAUUUGACGUGAUGGUACAUGUUAUAACAUAGUGUGAAAAGUGUAGACAAUCUAUUAGUUUAAAUGUUAGGCGGUUUUAUAUUAACAAUGGUGUAACUAUCUGAAAUAUUGUUAGUGCCUUCCCCCACACUAUUCACAUGAUAUAAGAAGGAAACUAAUUUAAGGUAAUUUGAAAAUCUUAAUAUUUAUGUAAAGAGAACAGCCAAUAACUCACUUUGUUCGAGAUAAGGAAUAAAGAUACGAACAAAGAAAAACGUAAAACGCUAUUCUUUUAUUCAUUUAGACAUAACUAUGAAAACUUACAUUCAUCCCUGAUACUAUUGUCUAUUAUCAUUAAAAUGUACCAAAAUGA